CAGUUGCCCUUCGCUUUUCUGACCAGUCUUCUAAUCGGAGUUGAUGUGGCUUGUGGACAUACCGUCGUGGGGACAGGACAAUGCAGUUUGGCAAACCACAUAAAGGUGGAUGCACAUACUCCAAUCGAACUAGCCUAUUCCAGGCUCCGAGAUAGUCGGCUCCGCUGAACUUUUCGCGUGUCUUUAGCCUGCGUAGCAGGCGCUUGGAAGUAGUGGGCGAAAGAGAGAACGGGCGCGCGCGAGGGAGACACUACUUCCAAGCGCCUUCUACGCAGGCUAGCGUGUCUUUUACUUUCGCGUCUUCCCCACUAUCUGAGAGCCUGGAACUGGCUAAUAUCGAACGUAUCAAACCACGUCCAACUUGUGACGUCAUCAGGCUAACUAUCCGCAUAACUUUAUACCGGGUGAAGAUUUUGUCUGGAAAGUGAGCCGGUGCUACCGAGAGAGUGGCCGAAAUCCGAAAAAGCAAAAAAUUGACAUGUUCUGACUUUCCUGUGCAUGAUUGUAGUCAGGAACUAAACGGUAGCCACUACUUUGCUCUUCCAUCCUUCGACAAUGCAGUUAGCCGUCACUGUCAAGAAAUAUUGUUGGGAUCCAGAAAUUUGCUACCAUGAUAACGUGACGUCAAACUUCUUCUCUCUAUUGGUUCAAGCCUGAAAUACAGAGCUGUUUAAUUUUUCAAAAGACGUUUUCUGAACAUUCUCUUCCUUUUUAUCCCUGCUUAAGUCGAAAGUCAGUUCGGCAUCAUUCUUUUAUCCAACUUUUUUUCAGAGCAACACCCGGUGGAGAUAUGUUCAUUACAAGGACCCCAGUGGUGAGUUUAAUAUCAUGAACACGCGGUCUCCUGGCCUAAAAAAACAGCCGACCUUUCGCGAUGCCAUCACUGGUUUCGCACAAUGAUGUCUGAAGAGCGAGCGCAGAAAUUCUGUACUGAUGAUGCGUCACUAGCCUGAUCUUGGUUGUGUAGUGCUUCUGAUUGGAUGAACGCACGACCAAUUAGAAGCACCACUCAGAUCUGAUAGUGACACAUGGAAUUUCUGUUUUUUCCUCAGAUGUCUUUUCGCGGGUAGACCAGUGGUGGCCUCGCCAAAUGUCGGCUGUUUUCUCGGGCUAGAAGAUGCCACGAUGUCAUAGCAACUGCAACGUCAAGAGAACGAAAACGUGAAAAAAAGGAAAGCAAUUAUAGGUGUAGAUAAGAAAAAACAACAAUUUUAAACGUGCAAGACACACUUUUUUUUGGUAAAUUUCUUUGCCGUCAGUACACUACUACGACGCAAAAUUGCCAAAUUUCACGUUUUAUCGGGAUCGUAAACAAAGGACGAUGAAUUCCUCCCUCCCUUUUUGAACUUGGGUAUUUUUCUUAAGAAUUCAAUGCUUAAGAGUUCAGUCGCCUACGUUUGACAAGGUGAGCGAGUUGGGAUAAUCGCCCUGAAGUUCCAAAGAACGCGAAGUCACUUUUAACUGCGCUUUUCACAAACAUGCGAGGUCUAAAGUUCAUAAGCCGCCUUCACAAUUGCGUUUUUCGCUGCCGUCAAUCAUAAUUACGAUCAGAAGCAACGAACCUAGAAACACAGAAACACACAAAACGGAUCGAAAUCCACCAAUCACAAAUCACAAACCAUGGCCUUUUGAACCCGUUAAAGUAAAGUUUUGUUUCCUAAGAAGUCCGUCAAGAUGAUUGACGGCAGCGAAAAACGCAAUCGUCAGUUGGCUUUUGAACUUCACAAUUCGCAUGUUUUUGAAAAGCGCUGUAAGGUAACGUUUCAUGUUCGCACGAAAAGGUAUUCGUUAUAGUGUGGUUCCUAAUAUUCCCUGACUUCUUCCACAGGAAACGAAACUAACGAAGCUCCUUUGCCGCUUGUUUCACCAUAUACAUCGAAAAGCGAGGAGGAAAUAAACAAGCAGAUAAACAGAGAGCUGUUUGCCCAUUACACUUACUUGUCCAUGGUAAGAUUUAACUGAUAACGAAGAAUCGAUUGACCGACCGGCGUAAAAUAAACGUGAUUCGCUCGCAAUUGAUCUUGCUGAGGCAUUUUACCUUUGGCAUGUCACAGGCAGCCAAAGCUCGAGAAUGUGAUGUCGCAACAAUGAUCAUAACUUGUUCGCCAAUCAUUGGGCAGAUGGACAUUUGCUUGUUACUUUACUGUAUUGAUCUAUCAACGUCUGCAAACUGUUGUGAACCAUCGUCAGCGGUGAAUCAGUCAAGACGGAUUGCUAGGUUUCCAACUGCACGGAAUUCUCAGUCUAUUAUUAGUAUCACUCCUUAGUUCGUUGACGGCACAAUCCAAUCCGCGAUGGCGGCUUUAACAAGUGAUGGAUUUGAUAUUUCUAAAAGUGUAUUUGCCGCGAUGUAUUUCGCAAAUUGUAAAGUUAAUUCGCAGACACACGUUUGGCUUCUCCCAACUAUAUCAAUACUCAAUCAAGAAAAAAAGGUGGCGAGAAUUAGUGAAAUGAUCACCAAACGGAAAAUGCUUUGACCUUUUAGCAAUUUCUCUGAACUAAUUUUUCAAGGAACGUAUGAUCAGUUUUUACAAUUUGUAUUUGGAUAUUGUGGCUUAAAGAGUUUAGCAAUACACCUCCUUGACUGUCCUUUGUCUGUCCGUUAUGUACUGGUGUCUGUCCGCUAUAUUGAGGUGUCAAGGUCACUUAGUAGAAUAUCUGAUUUAAAUACUUUACUUCUUAUUUUUCAGGCCAUGCACUUUGAUCGUGACGACAUCAACCUUCCUGGAUUCCACAAGUUCUUCAAGGAGUCGGCAGAGGAAGAGAUGAAGCAUGCGCAAAAGGUUAUUUAGACAGUUGUGACUUAUUUUGUCACUUUUUGAACAUUUUAUUUGAACUCUUGGACGCAAUUUAGACAACCAGAGACAAUGAAAAUCAGGCUUGAAGCGAAUGUGGCGGCCGGCAACCCGCUCAAAAACAGAUUAGGAGGGGCCCGCCGGAAGGGUAGGAAACGCUUCAAAAAAGAAUAUGAUAAAAGUCAACUUGAAUAUGCUAACUGAACAUUUUUAUAUUUGCUCACAGCUGAUGAAAUAUCAGAACAUGCGUGGAGGUCGUGUUAAGUUACAUCAGAUAAUGGUAAGGAAUUUGUUAUUCUUCAGCGCCACAAAAAAGAGAAAAGUUUUGAUGCGUAAACUAUCUCAUAAAUCACCACUGUAAAUGGCUCGUAAAGGAAAAUGCUUUGAUCUCUAAUCAAUUCCUCUUGACUAAUUACUUAAGGAAAUGUAGGAAUUUCAGUUUGGAGAAUUUCUAUCUGGAUAUCCUGGCUCAAAGGGUUGAAGCAGCCCAGUGGAAAACACUUUUAGGAAGCUUAAGCAACGACGACGGCAACGGCUAUGGCUACCAUAACUACGUGCUUCAAACUUUAUCGCGCUUGUUACAUCUUGUUCAGUUCGUCAAAUGUUGGCAGUUUUUGUGGAGAAAACGAUUGUAUCGAAGUUCAGGAAAAGAAAAAGAAAGUCUUUGGCUUGUGUUCACGUCCUCAAGAAAACGUGAAAUUAGGCAUUUUCACGUCGUAGUCGUGCAGUGACGGCAAAGAAAUGUACAAAAAAACGUGAUGCACGUGCAGAGCUGUUUUUUUUCCAAUCUAAGACCCUGUUGACAUGGAGUGGGGGACCCCGGUCUAGUGGGGUAGGUUUCUUUUGUUUUGUGUCCCCCAGAGCGUGAAAACAAAAGAAACCAACCCCACUAGACCGGGUUCCCCCACUCCAUGUCAACAGGCCCUAAACCUAUUGCUUUUUUGCCCUCGUUGAUGUCGUCGUCGUCGUUGCUGAAGCUCCCUAGUAGCUGAUGCUGGGUUUUUGUUUUAUCUUUAACAGAAGCCUUGUAGGGAUCAUUGGGGAAAUGGUUUGGAUGCCAUGAAGGACUCCCUGGCGCUUGAAAAGGACGAAUAUCAAUCAUUACUGGACCUUCAUGACGUGUCACAAAAUGCCAAUGAUCCGCAGGUACAGAAUUUAGUUUUCUGCAACCACACCCACUCCCUGUGGUGUCUUUUCUUAGAAACUCAUGAAUACGCGAAUCGUGUUUUGGCAGGUACAUGCACGGUAGCCGAAAUUUUUCUUGGGUUAAUGCAAAGACAAAUGUAAGCAAUGUAUUUAUGAGUUUCCCACGGUUUCUUGUUUGAUUAUCUCUUGGCGAUAUCGAGCUAAAAAAUAAGCUCUCCUUUUUCUGCUUUCGCGUGACUUCUCACAAUAUUCAGUUAAUUCACCAUUAUCACAUUGCCCAUAAUGCACCUUGUUUAUCCCUCAAAAUUUUGCGUAAGUAUUGUUUUUAAUUUCUCUUGGGACGACUGUAAUACCCAGGAGAAAUUGGAAGCAAUGGGUAUAUUAUGGGCAUUAUGAAAAGGCCCUGUCCACACCAGUGCCUUUUCAAAAGUAUGCAUUUUCCUUGUCAUCAAAAACGCAUCAAUCAAUUCGCGUUCACAUGACCUUUCGCGAUGCCAUCACUGGUUUCGCACAAUGAUGUCUGAAGAGCGAGCGCAGAAAUUCUGUACUGAUGAUGCGUCACUAGCCUGAUCUUGGUUGUGUAGUGCUUCUGAUUGGAUGAACGCACGACCAAUUAGAAGCACCACUCAGAUCUGAUAGUGACACAUGGAAUUUCUGUUUUUUCCUCAGAUGUCUUUUCGCGGGUAGACCAGUGGUGGCCUCGCCAAAUGUCGGCUGUUCUCUCGGGCUAGAAGAUACCACGAUGUCAUAGCAACUGCAACGUCAAGAGAACGAAAACGUGAAAAAAUGAAAGCAAUUAUAGGUGUAGAUAAGAAAAAAACAACAAUUUUAAACGUGCAGGACACAGUUUUUUGGUAAAUUUCUUUGCCGUCAGUGCACUACUACGACGCAAAAUUGCCAAAUUUCACGUUUUAUCGGGAUCGUAAACAAAGGACGAUGAAUUUCUCCCUCCCUUUUUGAACUUGGGUAUUUUUCUUAAGAAUUCAACUCCAGAAGAGUUCAGUCGCCUACAUUUGACAAGGUGAGCGAGUUGGGAUAAUCGCCCUGAAGUUCCAAAGAACGCGAAGUCACUUUUUACUGCGCUUUUCACAAACAUGCGAACUCUAAAGUUCAUAAGCCGCCUUCACAAUUGCGUUUUUCGCUGCCGUCAAUCAUAAUUACGAUCACAAGCAACGAACCUAGAAACACAGAAACACACAAAACGGAUCGAAAUCCACCAAUCACAAACCAUGACCUUUUGAACCCGUUAAAGUAAAGUUUUGUUUCCUGAGAAGUCCGUUAAGAUGAUUGACGGCAGCGAAAAACGCAAUUGUCAGUUGGCUUUUGAACUUCACAAUUCGCUUGUUUGUGAAAAGCGCUGUAAGGUAACGUUUCAUGAUCACACGAAAAGGUAUUCGUUAUAGUGUGGUUCCUAAUAUUCCCUGACUUCUUCCACAGGAAACGAAACUAACGAAGCUCCUUUACCGCUUGUUUCACCAUAUACAUCGAAAAGCGAGGAGGAAAUAAACAAGCAGAUAAACAGAGAGCUGUUCGCCCAUUACACUUACUUGUCCAUGGUAAGAUUUAACUGA